AGCGGAUUAAAGCAGUAAUUGAAAAUAUUCGUACUCGUAGUAAAAAGCUGAAGAAGAAAGCUCUGGUGCCUGCUACUAAAAAAGUCAGUGAGCCAAAAGAAAAGGAAAAAAUGGAUGCUGCAGGACAGGAAAAGAGAAAACAGAAACCUAGCGGCCGUCAUACUAUGUACAAGCUACAUAUCGGAUGGCGCCAUUACUGUCAAGGUGACUUUAGACAAAUUACAUCAAGACGAGGUGGGGGCAUUCGGAAGAUGGAAUAUAAUAUAACGGAGCCUCAGUCAGUGGAAUCAAUAAUUGAAGUCGGCAAACGUUUAUUUUUUCCGAAUGGAAGAAAUUCUUUUGGAAAUUUAAAUGAUAUGGAAGUGAAUUUAACUAAUUACAGCGGUGAGAAAAUUGAACGCUUCUGCAAUAUAGAUGAACAACCGUGUACAUUUCAAGAAUUUUUGAAGUCAACAGGAAGGUACUCGUCUCAAUUCCAUGUUUAUCUUUCGACGAAAAGCAUUACCUAUGAUAAAAUAAAGCCACUGGAAGAAACAAGUGAAACGAGUUAUCUUGCCAACAGGAAGACAAUACAAGGACUGCAUGUACAGUAUACUAAGAAUGAAACAUCAGAAUAUUCAGGAGACACCUCAAUUAUCACAUGUCAUAGCACAAAACAAUGCAGGGAAUUAUCAGGUAUUCCUGAUGACAUAGACGAUUACGACCCUCUUGAAGAUGGUUAUAAUGUAACGUAUCUGGCUGUAAAUGAUAAGGUUUACAUGGAGCGAACUUCGUCUGGCCUCAGUUUUCCACAAGACGUCGCUGGACAAGACAGUGCAUAUAUAUUUCAUGGACCUAAUGAGAUAUGUGGAAUGAAUGAAGGCAAAGUUGUUUUAGGCGUAGUAACAAACUGUUCUGAAAACGUUAAUUACACAUGGUAUAAGGAUCAAAGCAUAUAUGCAGCAGGGAUUAAUCUCAUGUUGAUACAUACAAAUGACACUGGUGUCUAUAAUGUAAAAUGCCAAGUAGGCGAAACGUUGUACACCUUUGAAGAGAGUGUUGAAAUAGCUUUGCCCGCAACUACAGAUAGAUAUGACAUGGAUAUGCGAAUCGACAGCGAGGUUACUGAAAAUCUGAACACCACACACUUUGGCAUAACUGCUGAUUUGAAAGAUUGCGUUUCUAAUACAGCAGCUACAGAUUCUAGCCUAGACAUGGUUACACAAACGUUUAUUGAAACAAGUGAUUUGGGUGAAAAUGAUGGUAAAGGUACACACAGUUUAACAACAACAACUUUUAUCUGUGACAAAGAUGGCACAUGUGCAAAUGCUGUAUCAGCAGCUUGUGAAACAAGUGUAUUCUGUGAAAAAGACGGCAUAGGUGCAAACGCUGUUUCAACAUUUCUUGAAACAAGUGUAAUCCAUGAAAGAGAUGCCACAGGUGCAAACGCUGUUCUUACAUUUCCUGAAACAAGUGUAAUCCAUGAAAAAGAUGGCACAGGGGCAACUGCUAUUCCAACAAUUCCUGAAACAAUUCCUGAAACAAGUGCAAUGUGUGUAAACAAUGGAUUUGUGGAUUCUGUGGAAACCAGACUGGACAAGGAUGAAAAUGAAAAUGAUAUUAAAGCUAAGCUUACUGGAAAAAACUCAAGAAAGAGUAUGGGUUCUUCUGAUAAUUUAGUUGCAGAGCAACCACCAGUUAAAAAAGGGUUUACACAGUUGGAUGCUAAUACUGACAACUUAAAUGUAAGGUUUGGAGACUUCAAAUUAUUGGAAAAAAUAAGGGAGGGUGGUUUUGGUGAGGUUUACAAAGGUGAAUAUUUGGGAACAGAUAUUGCAGUGAAGAAAGUAAAGAUAAAACGCAUGAAAGUUGUGAAACAGUCAGUGUUGCAAGAAGUUGUCACAAACAGUCAUCUUAGGCAUCCAAACAUUGUUCUACUGAUGGGUUACUCAAUCAAUACUGACUGUCUCUAUCUUCUCACAGAGUUCAUUGCAGGUCCAAAUUUGGAUGAUGUGCUUUUUGCUGACAAUGAGUACGAAUUUACUGUGCCUCAAAAACAUGCAGUGGCAUUGCAAGUAUGUCAGGGUGUAGCAUAUUUACAUAAUCAUAAUCCAAUAGUUAUUCACAGAGACAUUAAGCCUGAAAACAUUUUGCUGACGAGAAAUUUGGAAACGGCAAAACUUUGUGACAUGGGAUUGUCUAAGGUGAAGGUAAUGAAUACCAUGACCAAAACAGUUGCAGAUCGCAGAGAGACACAGCCAGGAACUCCAGCUUAUCAAGCUCCAGAGAUUCUUCUGCAAGCUAGGAGAGGCAGAACACAAGCAGAUGUUUGGAGCCUCUGUUGUUCAUUAGUUGAGCUCUUUACUGCCAAAACCAUAUGGGACUUGACCAGUGAGGAUGAUGAAAAUGACGACUCUGUCCAGGUUAUAAUCCGGGCAAUGCAAAGAAAGGAUAUGCCACAUGGGUUAAGUAAUUUAGACAGGGAGCAUACCCUUUCAGUGCAGCUGAAGGCUGUUAUUCAGAAGGGCUUAUCAUACCAGAUUGAGGACAGACCGACAGCAUUAGACUUUGUAGUUGCGCUAAAACAUGAACUUUAAAGAAAUGUGAUGAGCAGCUCAGGACCAUCAUGGCCCUCUUUAUCAGAUUGACGAUUGUUUAGAAUGCCCUGUGCAAUUAGUAAUGUACAUGUAGCCUCAUUUGGCUAUUAUAUUGGAGGUUAUUUUCCCUAACACACCUCAUAUAUCGCAUAAUACUGGUAAGGAUUUAUAUAGAUCUUUGUGUUUUGUGUUAAAGAUAAUUAACGUUUGAGACAAGUGACCUUUAUGUUAUUCAGUAGAAAGACAAAAGGGUCCAUUUUCUCAUGACGGCAGGUAUUUGUUAAAAUGAGGUUUCACACAAUCCGUUUACACAAAGUUAUAUCUUUUAACAUUAUAGAUCUGAUUUAAAGUGCACUUGUUACAUUUGCACACAGUGUAAAACAAGACCAGUUGGCUCUUAUAGGAGCCCUUUGAUUCAGGUAUACAGUGUUUGAAAUGUUACCGUUAAAAUCGUUAAAAUACAUGUAUACAUAGAAAUCGUUAAAAUACAUGUAUACAAAAUACAACAGUAGACUUGUUCAUUAGUUUGUUGCAGAUAAAUAAAAAGGACCAUUAAAAGUUCAUAAAAGUUAUUACGAGUUAUAUCCAUACAUACCUUAGAGACAACCU